AGUACCGUGCGAACGUAAAUUAACAUCACAUAACUUUACAAGUUCAAGUGGGCAGCCAUAUCUUAUGUUGUAACUAUAGAAGGUGAUAAAAUCAACAUGCAGAAACCCAAUCAGUUUGGCAUUUUUGCAAUCUUCACGAUUUUGGCCUUGGUUCAUAUUGGACAUGCACAGGAUCUACGAAAAGUCUCUGAGCCCAAGACUCCGCAAACCUGCAUCUCGCUAAAAGCAAGUGGCAAAGAUGACACUGAAAUCAUUCAAAAGGCUCUCAACUCUUGCACGAAAGGAAAAGCUGUUGAAUUGGCAUCUGGCACUUUUAACUCUGGUCACCUGACCAUACCAUCUGGUGUGAGCCUUGUUGUAGAUAGCGGAGUGACACUUAAAGCUAUACCAAAUCCUAAAUUGUAUGGUACAGGAAGUUGCGGAACUGUUAGUACCCAUGGCAGCUGUAAUCCUUUCAUUGCCAUAUACGGAGCCAAAGGAAGUGGAAUAUAUGGGAAAGGCACAAUUGAUGGACAGGGAAACCAGAAAUUGACUGGCACAAGCACGACCUGGUGGGAUCUCUCUCAUAUAGCUUUAGUUGAGGGAAAAAACCAGAACAAUCCUCGCCUGAUAAAUAUAAGAGACUCUGAAGACAUAACCAUACACCAGAUCACUCUUAAAAACUCACCUCUGUUCAAUAUUGCCACCAGCAAUACAAAUGGCUUCACAGCUUGGGGUGUGACUAUCGAAGCCCCUGCCAGUGCUCGUAAUACUGAUGCCAUCGACCCAACAGGAUCACAAAACGUCACAAUCGCCCACUGCAACAUAAGUGUUGGUGACGACAACGUGGCCAUAUCCUCCCUCCAUGGACCCUCACGGCAUAUUUCCAUCCUGAACAACCAUUUUGGCUCUGGGAAUGGUAUGUCGAUAGGUAGUGGCACCCUCUAUGGCAUCAGCGAUGUGCUGGUGUCAGGAUUGACUUUCGUCGGCUCUCUGAAUGGCGUGCACAUCAAGAGCAGCUCCUUGAACGGCGGCCUUGUGACGCGCAUUACCUACAACAACCUUUGUGUUUCAGGGGUGAUGAAGCCUAUUGACUUGGACAUGAGAUACAUGAACUACACCGGCAGCCAUGUGCCUCACUAUAGCGAUAUCACCUUUAACCACAUGAAGGUGGUCACCAAGGGAAGAUUUAAAUUUCAUGGCAUCAGUUCGUCGAACGAAGUUUCGGCCACAUUGAACGAUGUGCACAUCACCAAAGGUUCGAUUUGGGACAAAAGCUAUGCCAGUAUCAAGGGAAGUGCGAAAGAAGAUGCUACAGGUCAUUGUGGAUGGGCUGGGUAUAUGUAGUUGUGCGCUAGAUUAACAAUUCUUGCUUGAGAACUAGUUCGUAUGUUAAUAAAUUGUAAUUUUGAGGUCUA